AUGUCCACAAAUUUGGAAUAUAGAGCAAGAGAAAGAUGGAGAAAAAGAGAAAGUAGGUGGCAGGCCAGCGAAGCUCAAGGAGAAAAAGAGCUGGUUGGCGUAGGGUCCUGUCCCUGGUAGAUGCCAAAAAUGUGCAUUAGUCCCAGUGCUCCCAUACUUUGGAUAUUUAGAAUGGCAUGGUAACAUGCUAAUACCAUUUUAUACCUUCAGUCAAUUGACAACCUUAUUAACCUUAAAUCACAUCUCCCCUCCAACAGUUAAUUUUAACUCUUUAAGUUUGAAAUACGACCUGUGGGUGAGUGCUUGAGAUGACUAUUAGAUUGUUAGUGUGAGACUGUAACUAAAUAAAGUUCAUUUCUUUAUCACUCAGAGAUAUGCCAAGAGAUCAGAGGCACAACUUAAAGGAUUUGACAAACAAAAAUUAAAAAAGGUAAAAUACAAUAUUAAAAUUACGUAUUCUUUUUACGUGUAUAUACAUUAUUUAUGCUAUCUAGCAUAACACGGUGAAGAAGAUACACCACUCAAACAUGCAAAGGGAUAUCAGUUUUAAACCUUUGAGAUCAACAACUGGGAUACAUACCGGUUUCAUGUUUUGAUUAUUAUUAAGAAAUAUAUAAAUAGGUCAACUGGAAUUCCAACCUACCAAAGAAAUGGGAGACUGGUGCUCCCUGAAAAAUUAGGUGCAAAGUCUGAUAUUUAUAUAAGGAAUUAUGAACUUAGGUAAACUGGGAUUCCAAACAAGCAAACAAUUGGGAGACCGAGAGAUUACAUAGAAACUUUAAAAAUAAAAAUAAACCACUACGUAUAAAACCAGGUCAUCUGGGAUUCCAACCCAGCAACAAGGAACACCGGUUCUCCCUGAACUAAUAGGUAACAAUUCUGAGAUUCAAACCCAGCAAGCAAGGGAGACAGGAACUCCCUGAAAUGAUACUUCAGUUUAUGAUAGAUAAAAUGAACUAUUCAAACUAAGUAACUUGGGACUCCAACCCAGUAACCAAGGGAGACAGGAGCUCCCUGGACUGCUAAUUCAGUCUAUGUUAGAUGAAAUAUACUAUAAAAACUAGAUAAACUGGGAUUCCAACCCAGCAAGUAAGGGAGACAGGAGCUCCCUGGACUGAUACUUGAGUCAAUAAUAGAUGAAACUUACUAUUAAAACUAGAUAAACUGGGAUUCCAACCCAGCAAGCAAGGGAGACAGAAGCUUCCUGAACUGAUACUUCAGUCAAUAAUAGAUGAAACUUACUAUUAAAACUAGAUAAACUGGGAUUCCAACCCAGCAAGCAAGGGAGACAGGAGCUCCCUGGACUGAUACUUUGACAGUCAAUAGUAGAUGAAACGUACUAUUAAAACUAGAUAAACUGGGAUUCCAACCCAGCAAGCAAGGGAGACAGGAGCUGCCUGGACUGAUACUUUAGUCAAUAAUAGAUGAAACUUACUAUUAAAACUAGAUAAACUGAGAUUCCAACCCAGCAAGCAAGGGAGACAGGUGCUCCCUGGACUGAUACUUCAGUCAAUAAUAGAUAAAACUUAUUAUUAAAACUAGAUAAACUGGGAUUCCAACCGAGCAAGCAAGGGAGACAGGAGCUCCCUGGACUGAUACUUCAGUCAAUAAUAGAUGAAACUUACUAUUAAAACUAGAUAACUGGGAUUCCAACCCAGCAAGCAAGGGAGACAGAAGCUCCCUGGACUGAUACCUCAGUCAAUGAUAGAUAAAGCUUACUUCUAAAUGAAAGCACUUACCUUGAUUCCAACUUAGCAAGCGAGAUAAGUAAUACGUGGAGUGAUACUACAGUCUAGCUAUUAUGCAUAUAGUUGAACCUUUAAUAACCUAAUUCUUGAACUACUACAUGAAGUGCAUUACAUCUUUACCUUUAAUUAUUAAUAGUAUGAUACUGUUUGAGCAGCAGCAAUUCUUUCAAUAAAUUUAAAAUAGCAGCUUUUAGUAGUAAAAGGGGAGUCCAAAAACAAAGUUGGCGUAUUGUUGCCAAUACAGUGGCCUCAAGCCAGGUGGAGGGUUUCGUGCGUUCCACAGGGUGCUUGUCUACUUACGCGGUGAGAGUGGUACUGAGCCAUCAGUUACACCGAGGUCUGGGUGGUCGCCUCUGACCGACAGGUGAUGUAUUGGGCACCUGAUAAGAAAACGGCCGUUGCACUCAAGUGCUUAUCAACUCAUUCUGCAGUGGUGCAGAGCUUUACGAGUGAUACUGCACGGGCGGCGGUGUACCGCUCAUCGGGUCAUGCCAUAUCUCAGCUUCUGUCACGAAACAAGUCUGUUGUAAGCGCUCAUGCCCAGGUGUCCCGGUCUGGACGCAAGCGGAGGUCCCCCAAUUUAUAUGGCCGUUGCACUCACGUGCGUCUCGGAUACUGCACAGGCCAUACACCCUUUUCUAUAGGUCAUGCCAUAUCUCAGCUUCUGUCAUGAACCAGGUUUUCUCAAGCUUUUAAAUUUUUUUUUUUUUUCAAAUAAUUCAAAAAUCUCAGUUAUUUUAGCUAUAAUUUCAGAUUUUCUUGGGAAGAGUUGUUGCUCUAAGAAGAUUAUCCCUGAUUUUCAAAGUAAUAUGCCCUUAAGGCAACUGGGAUUCCAACCCAGGAAGCAAGGGACACAAAAGCUCCCUGGACUGAUACUUCAGUCAAUAAUAGAAGAAACUUACUAUUAAAACUAGAUAAACUGGGAUUCCAACCCAGCAAGCAAGGGACACAGGAGCUCCCUGGACUGGUACUUCAGUCAAUAAUAGAUGAAACUUACUAUUAAAACUAGAUAAACUGGGAUUCCAACCCAGCAUGCAAGGGAGACAGGAGCUCCCUGGACUGAUACUUCAGUCAAUAAUAGAAGAAACUUACUAUUAAAACUAGAUAAACUGGGAUUCCAACCCAGCAAGCAAGGGACACGGAAGCUCCCUGGACUGGUACUUCAGUCAAUAAUAGAUGAAACUUACCAUUAAAACUAGAUAAACUGGGAUUCCAACCCAGCAAGUAAGGGAGACAGGAGCUCCCUGGACUGAUACUUCAGUCAAUAAUAGAUGAAACUUACUAUUAAAACUAGAUAAACUGGGAUUCCAACCCAGCAAGCAAGGGACACAGGAGCUCCCUGGACUGAUACUUCAGUCAAUAAUAGAUGAAACUUACUAUUAAAACUAGAUAAACUGGGAUUCCAACCCAGCAAGCAAGGGAGACAGGAGCUCCCUGGACUGAUACGUCAGUCAAUAAUAGAUGAAACUUACUAUUAAAACUAGAUAAACUGGGAUUCCAACCCAGCAAGCAAGGGAGACAGGAGCUCCCUGGACUGAUACUUCAGUCAAUAAUAGAAGAAACUUACUAUUAAAACUAGAUAAACUGGGAUUCCAACCCAGCAAGCAAGGGACACAGAAGCUCCCUGGACUGGUACUUCAGUCAAUAAUAGAUGAAACUUACUAUUAAAACUAGAUAAACUGGGAUUCCAACCCAGCAAGUAAGGGAGACAGGAGCUCCCUGGACUGAUACUUCAGUCAAUAAUAGAUGAAACUUACUAUUAAAACUAGAUAAACUGGGAUUCCAAUCCAGCAAGCAAGGGAGACAGGAGCUCCCUGGACUGAUACUUCAGUCAAUAAUAGAUGAAACUUACUAUUAAAACUAGAUAAACUGGGAUUCCAACCCAGCAAGCAAGGGAGACAGGAGCUCCCUGGACUGAUACUUCAGUCAAUAAUAGAUGAAACUUACUAUUAAAACUAGAUAAACUGGGAUUCCAACCCAGCAAGCAAGGGAGACAGGAGCUCCCUGGACUGAUACUUGAGUCAGUCAAUAAUAGAUGAAACUUUAUUAUUAAAAACUAGAUAAAACUGGGAUUCCAACCCAGCAAGCAAGGGAGAAAGGAGCUCCCUGGACUGAUACUUUAGUCAAUAAUAGAUGAAACUUACUAUUAAAACUAAAUACACUGGGAUUCCAACCCAGCAAGCAAGGGAGACAGGAGCUCUCUGGACUGAUACUUCAGUCAAUAAUAGAUGAAACUUAUUAUUAAAACUAGAUAAACUGGGAUUCCAACCCAGCAAGCAGGAGGGAGACAGGAUGCUCCUAUUAAAACUGGACUGAUAACUUCAAGUCAAUAAUAGAUGAAACUUACUAUUAAAACUAAAUAAACUGGGAUUCUAACCUAGCAAGCAGGGGAGAGAGGAGCUCCCUGGACUGAUACUUCAGUCAAUAAUAGAUGCAACUUACUAUUAAAACUAAAUAAACUGGGAUUCCAACCCAGCAAGCAAGGGAGACAGGAGCUCCCUCAGCAAGGACUGAUACUUUAGUCUAUGAUAGAUGAAACGUACUAUGAAAACUAGAGAAACUGGGAUUCCAGCCCAGAAAGCAAGGGAGACAGGAGCUCCCUGGACUGAGACUUUAGUCUAUGAUAGAUGAAACGUAUUAUGAAAACUAGAUAAACUGGGAUUCCAGCCCAGAAAGCAAGGGAGACAGGAGCUCCCUGGACUGAGACUUUAGUCUAUGAUAGAUGAAACGUAUUAUGAAAACUAGAUAAACUGGGAUUCCAGCCCAGAAAGCAAGGGAGACAGGAGCUCCCUGGACUGAGACUUUAGUCUAUGAUAGAUGAAACUUGCUAUUAAAACUAGAUAAUGUGGGAUUCCAGGCCAGCAGGAACGGGAGACAUGUGCUUUUUGAACUAUUUGAUAUAAGAAACUCUGAUGGUUAUAUAAAGCAAUAUGCACUUAGGUUAACUGGGAUUGCAACCCAGCAACAAUGGGAGACAGUUUUUUUAAAACUGUUACAUGUAGCUCUGAUAUUUAUACAAAGGAAUUUACACCUAGGUCAACUGGGAUUCCAACACAGCAACGGUGGGAGAGAGGUUCUCCCUAAACUACUUUCUGUUAACUAGGACCAAUGGGAUUUACACCCAGUAAGUGUCCACGGGAGAAGAGAAGUCCCUAAUGCCUUUACCACUAAUGCCUUUACUUGACUCACCACUGUUGUAUCUUUGUAGGUUAUAACGAGGCUUAUGCUGGACGCUUUAAAAAUAAUUAUCUCAGUGGAGAAUUCGGAAUGAUUUUAUUGUAUUUAUAGUAUGACUGUAUAAAUUUGCGCUGUUGUUAUUACAAGCAAAAAGCUGUUUGAGGGUUCAUUGAGAGUCGACUUGCCUUUUUUUUUUAUAUUUCUUUUUUAUGUUCCUGCCCACUUAAAACAUCUGCUGAUAGUUUGGCGUUAAACUUUAUUUGUUAUCUAUAUCCCUUAUCGUUGCAAAUCAAACGCAAAAUCAGCAAGUGACAUAAAACUUUAUUUUGCCAUAAAUAAUAAAUAGGGUGGAGAGGAAAGAAGAAAUAAAUUAUUAUCGGGUCUUGAACAAAGCAAAAAAAUAUACUUACAAAUCCCUAGAACUGAGUCUAGGAUCCCUUUGCAACUGAAAGAGGUCAAUAAGACCGGCUUGGAAAGCGUCUAAGGAAAAAAGCUUGAGAAUUAAUUCCACAUGAAAUCAGCUGUAUUAGUUCAAUUUAAGUCUGUUGGUAACAUUUUCUAAGCGCUUGUGUCUUUUUCUUGAGCUUUUUAUUUUCUAGAUUGAACCUACCCACCAAUUAAUUUAUUCAUCACGUUGGGAGGCGUUUUCUACGCUUCAGGUAUUAUGGAUAUUUUUCUUUGCAUUAGUCUCCUGUUUUCUUUUAAGAGCGGCACAUAUUCAGCACCAUAACUGUUAAGGGCUGAUAUUAUUUAUGGGGGUGGAACUUAUAUACUCUAGAAUAAGAGCACAGCAUCGUAAGAGUUGUGCACUGGCGUCGUUUGUUUGUGAGAGAACAGAGAACUAAGAAGUGAACGACUGAAAUCAACUCAUUUAUUCUUGCCGCUAUCAGGAGUAAAGCAGUAAAAGUUUCUUAUAUGUGCUUAUUACAAUAAGUACGGUUAAACUAAAAAAUAGUGUUGGGGGUGGCACGAGUACCUGUAUUUUUAAUCAUUGAAAUGCUUUAUUUUGCUAACAGAUGUUUACUGUAUUGGUCGUUAUCUUUACUGAGUUUAGGUUCGUUUUCAAAUUGCACUUUUUCAGUGUACAAAGCUUGGAAAAUCAUCAUCUGGUGAAACCCGUACAAGCUGAUGAAAAAACACCAAUAAUGAAAGGUACGUGAUCUCUUGAUAAGACUUGAAUAGCCCUUUUGACAACAGGUAUCGAGCAGGGGUAGUCGCAAACAUAGCGGUUGGACUGCGCAAAUCAUUUAGAAAACUUACCAACGCGAUAAAACAUGAGCAAAUAAUAACCAGUACUUAAAUUUCUUUAUCAUUGAUCUACGGUCUACUGAUAAACAUUGAACCUUUUUUUCCUGUUUUAGGACAUGUUUCUCAAGUUGAACAUCAGGAAAAGUGCUUGCCUCUUACAACACAACUAG